UGAGAUGCAAGGUAAUCUUUGCAAGAAUUGCCGCUCUGUGAAUUUCCUAGCAGAGGGGGAGGGUGAAGUCGGGGAAAGAUAAUCUCUAAGCAGCUAAGAAGAAAUACAGGGAAGAAUGCAAACAGCAUCAAGGACAGGGGGGAAUAAACUUCUCAAAAGAAGGGAGUUUUCUUCAGUGGUUUAAUUUGUGCAAAGUGGAUACCAACUCUUAGCUGGGACAUACCUGAAAGUGGGAAAGUGUGGUGUGCCAGUCAGAUGGCAGACUCUACCUAAAAUGGAUUUUAUGGUUGGGCUUCUGUGUGCAUGAUUCAGAUCCUUAAAAAGCAGACGUUAUGGAGAAUGGAAAGAAAACCAACACUGUGGAGACAGCUUGGUGAUUUUCCUGAUUACGACCAAAUAGAAGAGCAUUAUGCUCCUCAGGUGUAGACGGAGUGAUGGUCGUAGCCAGCCCGACCUAAAGACAUAGACACUUGAAUGCAUUUGCUGGAUCUUCCUUAAAGGACAAAGAAACGAGAGCAGCAGAGAACUCUGGGCUGGAAGGAAGAAACAAUUAGCCUGGGCUGGAAGAGUCCAUCUGGGGCUACCAGGUUGUUGGGACGCCCAAGAGACACAGCAGGUGCAGCAGGAUGACGGUGCUCAAGGAGCUCCUCAGAGCCAGAAACUUGCUGCUGGUCAUCUUAAUCCCACUCUUGCUGCUUCCUUUGCCACUUUUAUACCCCAGCAGUGAAGCCUCGUGUGCCUAUGUGCUGAUAGUGACGGCAGUCUACUGGGUUUCGGAGGCAGUACCACUCGGCGCAGCUGCCCUUGUUCCUGCUUUCCUCUAUCCACUGUUUGGAGUCAUGAAGUCCAGUGAGGUGGCCGCAGAAUACAUCAAGAACACCACCUUGCUCCUGAUGGGGGUCAUUUGCGUAGCAGCCUCCGUUGAAAAGUGGAACCUGCACAAACGGAUUGCCCUGCGCAUGGUUAUGAUGGCUGGAGCCAAGCCGGGCAUGUUGCUCCUCUGCUUUAUGUGCUGUACAACUGCCUUGUCCAUGUGGCUUUCCAACACAUCCACCACCGCCAUGGUGAUGCCAAUCGUGGAAGCCGUGCUGCAGGAGCUAGUGGAUGCUGAGGAGGACUGUGAGGUGAAUGGUACCGCAGGCAGCACCAUCCUGGAAGAAAGGGAGACCAUAGGUCUUGGCGAAAAACAUGGGCAAACGUCACUGGAGCUCAUUUUCAUCAACGAGGAUGCCACAACUGCUGACUUUGGAUCUCUGAUGCAUUCCAAGAACAUGAAUGGCGUACACAUGAUAGCCAACACCAUUGGAACAAUGAACUCCAAAACCAAUGGACAGCAUCUACCUCAGGCUCAGAUCCUUGUUCUGCCACCUCAGCCACAAAAUUUGGACCUACGCAGUAAGCACCGAUACCCAUCCAGACAUGAUCACAUGGUCUGCAAGUGCCUCUCCCUGAGCAUCUCCUAUGCGGCAACCAUUGGAGGACUCACCACUAUUAUAGGCACAUCCACUAACCUCAUCUUCCUGGAAUAUUUCAACAACCAUUAUCCCAAUGCCGAUGUGGUGAAUUUUGGAACCUGGUUCUUAUUCAGCUUUCCCAUCUCCCUCAUCAUGUUGGUUCUGACUUGGUUCUGGAUGCAUUGGCUUUUCCUGGGUUGCAAUUUUAAGGAAACGUGUUCCAUAAGCAAGAAGAAGAAGACCAAACGGGAAGAGAUGUCUGAGAGACGGAUCCAAGAAGAAUACGAGAAACUGGGAAAUAUUAGCUACCCUGAGAUGGUGACAGCAUUCUUUUUCAUCUUGAUGACCCUGCUCUGGUUUACAAGGGAGCCUGGAUUUGUACCAGGCUGGUCCUCUUUGUUCGAAAAGAAAGGCUACCGGACUGAUGCCACGGUCUCUGUUUUCCUCGGCUUCCUCCUCUUCUUGAUUCCAGCAAAGAAGCCAUGCUUUGGAAAGAAGGGGAAAGGAGAUGUUUCAAAUUCUAAAGAUGUUAACUCAGUCGAACCUAUCAUCACCUGGAAGGACUUCCAGAAAACAAUGCCUUGGGAAAUAGUCGUUCUGGUUGGCGGAGGUUAUGCUUUAGCAGCCGGAUGCAAGACGUCUGGCCUUUCUACCUGGAUCGGGCGUCAAAUGCUAUCCCUCAGUAGCCUUCCCUCUUGGGCCGUCACUCUGCUGGCCUGCCUCCUGGUGUCCAUUGUGACAGAGUUUGUUAGUAACCCAGCCACCAUCACCAUUUUCCUACCGAUUUUAUGCAGUAUGUCAGAAACCCUGCAGAUCAACCCUCUGUACACCCUGAUCCCGGUCACCAUGGGUAUCUCUUUUGCGGUGAUGCUACCAGUGGGCAACCCCCCAAAUGCCAUUAUCUUCAAUUAUGGGCACUGUCAGAUCAAAGAUAUGGUCAAAGCUGGCUUUGGUGUCAAUCUGAUUGGUCUCGUAGUUGUUAUGGUGGCAAUAAAUACUUGGGGAAUUAGCCUUUUCCGGCUGAAUACGUUUCCAGACUGGGCGAUAGUCAGCAAUGUCACUGGCCCAUCAUAGUCGGCAGUGACAGAACUUGCUAAGACACAGCAAGUUGGAGCAAUGUAUUUUAUUCCAAUUGCACAUAUUUUAAGAAAAAAAUAAACUUGAGUGUAUAUAAUUCCAGUAACCAGAAUUAAAUAAGAAGUAACUUUUUUGGAAGUUCUCCUCAGGAUCAUGGUUCCACCAUCUAGUACUGAAGGAAAAAACUUGCAUUACACCUUUUGGAGGUUCUCUCAAGAAUCAUAUUUCCACCAUCUAGUAUUGAAGGAAAAAAUACAUUUACUCUUCUUCUCUUUCAAAACUAUAAUGGAAUUGAUUUGCUUUGGUUUUUACUGGUACUUUCCCAUCAUUUCAACAAAAAAUCCACGUUUUCUCUACUAUUAACAAAUCUGUCUCCUUUACUUGAUGGGUGAUAUGCAACACUGAAUUCACAAUUCCAAUUCACAGCAGCUAAAGAUGGCCAGUCAUACAUUUAAAAUUCAUUUUAAUGGAUGUGUCUAUAUAUGUAUAUAUAUACAUUUAUUUUUUAAAAUGUAGUGAGUUCUGUAUGGAGUUUUAUACUACAUAAGAAGUGAGAACCAUUUGAUCAUCCACCUGCCCUAGAGAAGAGGGCUAUCUGCAUAGUAGCCCAAUGGUUCGGGGGAAAGAUCACCUUUUACCCAAGGCUUUGAGGUGAAGAUUGCCUCCCUUCCUGGUUGGGCACUAUGGUACACGAUAGUGAAUGUCUUGAGGAAAGGUAAAAACCUUUUCUCCUACAAGACAUCUCCCUAGUACGUGCAGAAACCAAGCUACUGCCAAUAACUUUUAGCAAGCAAGACCAGGACAAGCUAAAUAACUCCAUGAGUUAAAAGCACUGAAAUAUAGGGAUGUGCACAAACCAGUUUGGAGGUCCUUUUCCGGACCAGUACCGGAUCGGACUGGUAUGGGCGUCCACUGGUUUUGUGGCAGGGGGGAUUACCUUUAAGGAGCAGGGAGUGUGUCCUUAUCCCCCCCCACACACACAUGUUUCCCCCACCGGUGCUUUUGCCAGAAUCGGUGACACAGGGCGGCAGCAUAAGCGGCAAACCAGAAAUGCCCGACACAUGGCAAGGAGGUACGCUGUGGCCCCAUGCCAGCAAUUUUGGCGAGAGCACCUGUGGGGGGAAUGUGGUGGGGGGUGGUAAGGACAUCCUCCCUGCUACUUAAAGGACCCCCCCCUUCCGCCGCCUAACCGGCCGAACACCACAGCUUGUACAUCCCUACUGAAAUACCCAAAUUCUUCUUAUUCACGACCAAGCCCCUAAAGGAGCCUGGGACUUGAGAAUAGUUUAGCAGAUGAGAACCAUUAUGAGACCAGCCUCAGCUGAACGCCUUGAGUAUCGGCAUGGAUGGCGUAUAUCCCUGCCCUUUGCCAGAAAGCUUUCUGUGCAUUUAGUCCAAGAGUGGAGUUGCUUCUGGAGAGAGAACACCCUGACAGGAAAUGGACAGUUAAAGGCCAGAGUGUAUGCACAAGGUGGGUCUAAACUAACAUAAUCUAUUCAGGAGAGAUAAGGAAGGCCAUGGUUGCUUUGGAGUGCAUUGCAACAUAAUGCUCAUGCAAUUGACAAGAGCACUGUUGUGCUAAACACAAGACUUGCAUGCACACACAGUUGCACCAUCGAUGGCCAGUAUUCCUAAUGGCCAUCGGUUGUGCAAUUCCAUUUGCACAACACUUGCAUUUGGUGAAACAGCACUCUUGCACAACUAUGCAAAGCUUAUUCUGCAGUGCAAAGAUUACGUUGCAUGGUAUGACAGCGAAUUUGGGCUAACCAUUACAUCCACUUUUGGGACGCUAUCACAGAAGCUUGUCCUAUGUAGAGCUGUCAGUGCCUCCAUCCAUAUGUGACCUGGCUGGCCAUCAGCUCAAAGGAAGACUCCAGAAUGAUCCGAGGCAGGGGGUGGCGUCAGCCCUGGGGUUUUAAAGUAGCCUCACAUGCUUAAUGUUCGGUCUGACAACUUCUUUACAAUAAGCUUAGUAUUUUGACAAGUGAUGUAUUCGAAAAAUCUUGGAUCUGUACAGAAGAGAAGAUUAAAAGCCAUGUUAAUCACAGUAAUUGUGCUAUGAUCAGUUUUUAUGUCUUUUUUCCACUGGAUUUAAGAAAAAAAUAAUCUUUUGUUGCUAGUGAAAAUGUUUCUGCUGUAGAAAUUGCUUGCAAAUAAAAUAAAUUAUUCAGUCUG